AUGGCCGACCACGACGAUGAUCUUGCCGCCUCCAGAACCGAGGGAUUCAAGCUCGGUGAGAAGAAAACAAUUGCCGAAUACAACGAACUUGACAAGCACGAUGAAUCACUAAACCGCUGGAAAGCCUCCCUCGGUCUCAACGCCGGUGACCCGAUUGGCGACCCCAACGACCCCAGAACAUGCAUCAUCAAGUCCCUCGCCCUCGAGGUUGAAGGCCGGCCCGACGUCGUAAUCGAUGUCUCCGCCGAAGGCGCAGUUGAAAAGCUGAAAGAUCAGCCCUUCAAGAUCAAGGAGGGCGCCCACUUCCGCAUCAAGGUGACCUUCGAGGUCCACCACGACGUCCUGAGUGGACUGAAGUACAUACAGGCUGUCAAGCGCAAGGGCCUCCGUGUCAGCAAGGACGAGGAGAUGCUUGGAAGCUUUGCCCCGUGCACUACGGAAAAGCGCAUAUACGAAAAGAAGUUCCAAGAAGAGGAGGCACCCUCGGGUAUGCUCUACCGCGGCCACUACAACGCAGAGUCCAAAUUCAUCGACGAUGACAAUAAGACCCAUCUUCACUUCGAGUGGUCCUUCGAUAUCGCGAAGGACUGGUAA